AUGCUUCGCCGCAUAGCCUCCCUGGGCCUUGAUGCCCCUGACGCUCCUCCUGGAGACUCCAUGCCUCCCUCCGCCGACGACCCAGCCCCGUCGCCCGAGACCAAAAGCACAGGAGGUCUUGCCAGCGUCUUCAAGGGCCUGACCGGGGGCUCCAAGCUCGCCAAAGUCCCACCCGUGCCCUCUUCGUCGACCGAUACUGUCUCCGCCCAGCUGUCCUCCGAACGAGUCGACACGGCCUCGCUAGCUGCCAGCGGCCUGCCUCCCCACCACUUUGAAGCGUUAGAGAAGCUCAAGAACGGAUCGCUUAGCGAGCGCAUCGCCGCCGCCGAGUCCCUGCGAUUUUCCAUUGCCGACUACCCCUUGGCGCCGGUGCUACAAAUAUGGGACGCUGGCAAGGAUCUGAUAGAGACUUCCAAACCCAGCAAUGCGAGGGUUGCGGGGUGGGAGUUACUCACGGAAUGCGUCCGAAACCCCUCGUCCACCGAUCUUGAGCGAAAAGAAUUCUUCCAGACUCUGUCUUUCCACGCUAGCCCCGACGACUUCUACCUACAGCUGGCUGCCCUGGUCGAUCUAACCAACCACGGCCGGAAUCUGUCCGGGUUCGAUUACGACGUUAUCCCUCUAUUGACGACAUGGCUGCAAGAUUCGUACAAUGCUGUCAGGAUUGCGCGGAGGCAGCAGGCAGUGCGAGAGAGAAAGGGCUCCAAGGGAAAGGCGGUCGCACCACCAGUCGCUGCUUUAGGCGAGGACAAGAGCUUCUCCAUGCUGUUCGCGUUCAUUCUGGAGGUCCUCAAAUUCAACUUCAGGGUUGCCGACGACGAAACUUUGGGACGUCUGAUCGAUAAGCUCCUGGAAAUCUGCAUGAAGACGAGCACGGAGGAUGAUUUGACGGCAUGUAUUGAGGUGAUCGAUGCCAUCAUUACAUACGCUUCAGUUCCGAAGCGGAGCCUGAGUCGUUGCGUUGAGGUGCUGAGCUCGAUAUUCUGCCUCGUCGACAAGCUAUCUAAGACUUCGUGGCACACAUUGUCCAACUUGCUGAAAUCACACAAUGGUCAGGCUGCCGUCCGGAUCUUGCUCACAAUUCUCAGAGACUAUCCUCGCAAUGGCCAGGAAACGACGGAGACAAGCAGGGCUGUCAGGGGCUCUCUGACUGUUCUUCAGAAGUUGGUUUGGAAAUCCUCAGAGAAAGGUUACCCGACAAUUCCUCUUGCUCUACUUGUCGACGGAUGCAACAAUGUCGUCGAGAAAUCGCCUUCCACACGAAUAGCCGGCUCCGUGCUCAAGCUAAUUAACACCCUGUUUGACGACGGAGAACAGCACCUGAAUCCGCUUCUCGCGGAUGAAGACUGGACAUCGGUGUUGGCGGUUGCUGAAAAAUGUGUCGGACGACUGAAUUUCAACCUCACCCCGAGCAGUUCCAGAACGAGUCUGAAAUCAAACCUAACAGCACAAGACCUGAAGAAGGGGAGUUCCAUACUGGAGGAGCUUGAGACUCUUCUUCAGAGAUUGGAAGGCUUAGCUAGACAGCGAGGUUCCGAUUUUGUACAGAGACAUGAGUGCAUUGCUUUCAUGGCGGGAAUCCCUCACGUCCUCCCGGACUCUACAGCUGGACUCGUUUUGGACCACUUCAGAGAGUUCCGUUGCUGCUACCCUUCUGAUUUGGAGUGGGAGAAGAACCUAGACUUGGUUCUUGAGUCGUUCUAUCUCAAACGAGAUCGCUCCACGCCCAUCCGCAUCGCAGCUCUCCAGGGUAUCACUGAGGUCUACGAUAUGCUGGAAUUGGUUGAAGACGAACUUGACGAAGAUGUCGUGCCCAACAUCGUCAGGAACAUUCUCUCGGGUAUCUCUGAUGAGACGGACACUCUCGUCCUUCAAGAAACUGUCUCUUUCAUGAUGUCUGUCGCCUUAGCGGCCGACACCAACCUGUUUGAAUACAUCAUGGAGACCCUCAAGGGGGUCGUCACCAGCGACCGUCUGCAUUCCCCGUUGACGGUCGUGGACGAAAAACCCAUCACAACAGACCAGCCUGGGACUGGUGUCCAUCAAAGCCCUGCCAAUGUCGUUACAAGAGGCUACGUGCUGCUUUUUAUGAAGACGAUGAAUACGGAUAGCCGGAAGGCAACAAAAACAUUCCAGCUUCUCGUCUACAUAGCCAAAUUUGGUCAAUCUGCUGACGCCCGGAUCACGGCAAUGAAGAUGCUGUUUCGAUUGAGGGCAGACUGGGCCAAUCGAAUCUACCUAACCUGCUUCACCGAAUCCGAGGGCCUGGCUGGUGUGCUCCACAGGACGGAGGCUUCUUUGGCGAGAAAAAUUGCGGAGGAUGCAGCCUCGUCACACAGAACGAGAAGCGAUCAUGGAAGCUUGUCUCGGUCGUCACGAGGAGUCUCAUUUGGUUCUACGGCGCAAGAUAGGAUGGUUCCGAGCCGUUCGGCUAGCGGUGCAAAACCUAGUGGCCAGAGGCAUCAACAACUGUGGUCUCUGCCAGACUCUGCUGUUCUACCAGAGUCACCUUCCCCAAUAGCCAGUCCGGUUCUGUUCUCAUAUUUAGAGACGCCGACACAGGCUAGCGAUGAAGGUGAGGCUGCGAACCAGGAACCUGGCGUGCUCGACGUUACCUCAUGGCUUGAGGCAAUCCUGCAUAAUCUGACUCACGGAAGCGACUGGGAGGUCUACAGCUUUAACCUAGUUCACCUGCCCUCUCAGUUGAGCAACCACGCAUUCUUCAGAGGCGCCAUCCCACAAAUAAGGGAGGCGCGUAGAGUGCUGUGCGAGCAGAGCAAACACAACCUAUUCCAGGACCCACCUCCGAUGACUGGACUACGCCGACCAGAGGUCAACAUUUGUAUCUUCCAAAUAUUGACGACGAUUAUGAGUUACCAUCAGCACUUCCAGAAAAGCGACGAAGAUGAUCUUGUCAGAACUUUCUUGCAGGGCAUUGGGCACUCUACAGCAAAGACUUGCAUACAUGCGCUGACAAUUUGCUGCCACGAGCUUCCUCUUGCUACUACCAAGGCACUGGUGACGAUCCUGCAAAAAAUGUCAACGGUUAUCACGCAGGCCAAUGUCGCCAUGCAUAUUUUGGAAUUCCUGGCCGUCCUCGCGCGCAUGCCAGCACUGUACAGCAAUUUCAUCGAAGACGAGUUUCGCGUCGUUUUUGGCAUGUGCUUCAGGUAUUUGGACACUGUGCGCGACAAGAAGCGAUAUGUGCGAACGAGUACCGCGAGUGAGAACGUGCCUGCUACCAUCAACACGACUCACGAGUACGACAUCCUGGGGCAACCAACUAAUAGUGAGGAGCUGCCUCAGUAUGUGCACGCGCUCGCGUACCAUGUUAUUGUCUUCUGGUUCCUGGCCCUGCGUUUGACUGAUCGAGCAAAGCAUGUGGGAUGGAUCGCCAAGAGGCUGUUUCAAGGUCCAGACGGCAAUCCGGUUUCGGACGAGCAGGCACUCAUUACCAUGGACUUCAUACAGAGAGUUGCGUACGCUGACGCGGACGAGUCUGCCGAAAACCCUCGGUUUUCAGACAGGAAAGCAUCAGAGUACACCGAGAGACGGUGGAUCGUCGCCAACAGUCUUGUUUCCAUCAAACAGUCGAAGGCGACCCCGUGGGCACAAGUCACUAAGAGACAGCCAUCAGGCACAUCUUAUUUCACUGUCCGCGAGAACUUCAAACCACCGCCGCCCCACCAAGUCGGCAUGUUUGGAGACAGCAGAGACACUGGGUCACUGACCACGAAUAGUUCUCUCCCCAGCCACCUGCUUGUCCACUUGCUCUCCUCUACGCCUCAAAGUCACGAACCUUCUCUACGCCCGCUACCUCUCCCAGACGAGGAGGCUGUUGGUCGAAGCGUCAGAACUUUCGACCGAAUUUCCACUGUGGAUGGCCAUAAGGUUGGCGUGAUCUACAUAGGAGAGAACCAAACCAAGGAAACCGAGAUCCUAGCCAACGUAUCCGGUAGUGCAGACUAUAUGGAGUUUUUGAACGGGAUUGGAUCCCUCACCAAGUUGAAGGGUGCUGAUUUUAACACUCAAGGCCUGGACCGGGAAUAUGACACAGACGGGCAGUAUACCUUUUGCUGGCGUGACAGGGUGACGGAGAUCGUCUUUCAUGUCACGACACAAAUGCCCACAAACCUGGACCAUGAUUCUCAGUGCAUCGGCAAGAAGAGACACAUCGGCAAUGACUUUGUGAAUAUUAUCUUUAAUGACUCCGGGCUGCCCUUCAAGUUCGACACAUUCCCAUCCGAGUUCAACUACGUCAACAUUGUCAUCACGCCAGAGUCAAGGGCGUCAUUCGUUGCGACACGCGAGCACAGUGCCCAGCAGGAAGAGGAAGGAGAAAAUGUCGAUGCUCCCAGCAAGCGCGGCUAUACGCCUUUCUUCAAGGUCCAAGUCAUGAGCAAGGAAGGUUUCCCAGAGAUAUCGCCUUGUGCUGCCACCAAGAUGGUCAGCCUCAAAGCACUGCCGGAUCUCGUUCGCUUGCUUGCUCUCAACGCGUCCGUGUUCUCCCUCGUCUGGGCCAACCGCGAACAGGGCGAGUAUCCAUCCGCCUGGCGCAGCCGUUUGAGGGAGAUCAGUCGCCUGCGCGAGCGCUAUGGUCCGAAAUCCGCCUCUGCAUUGGCAUCGCCAUUGACGACUACGAGCCCCCAUGCCUCGUCUAAUCCGCCGACGCCAAUGUCGCUCAGCAGUGCGCUUGCCUCUGCACAGCAGCAGCAACCGUUGGGACAGGCAAAUGUCGACAGCCGGCCCUCAAGUGGUGUCGCUCGGGACAGCAUCUCUGGGCUGAGCAUGCGUGACCUUCGCCGCGCUAGUGUCGCGACGUUCCUGACGACCACCAGCGAGCAGAAUUCGCAGUCUCAUCGCAGCUCGGUGAUGAGUAAUUCCACAGCAGACACGGAGAUCAUGAUACAGGCCUUCAAUUUGGAUUCCUUGGUCGAAAGCCUGGACUUUUCUAAGUGGGCUUGA